AUGGCGACACAACUACCUCCUCCGUCGAAGCGACAAAAGACAGCGGCCGCCGCGCGGGCCCGCGAGCAGGUCGAGCCCGAGCAGAUGCCCGAUGGCAUUCAGCGCAUCCAAUUUAUCGACGCCGACUCUGGCGAGUCCCAAGGACCUGUCGUGACAGUACCCUUGUCAGAACUGUCGCCUAAGAAUCUGUCUCUGCUAUUGAACACCCUCCUCGGCCGCGAAGAUCCCAGCGAGCGCCUCCCCUACCGUUUCUACGAUCCCCUCGGCACUGGCGACUUCGACCAAAAAGCCAUCAUCUCAGCCUUCCUGUCCGGCGACUCGACUACCGAAGUCCAACUCAAUAUCCCUUGCCGCGCAGAAGCAGUUUUCCGUGUAAAAGCAGUCACAAGAUGUUCCGCUGCCAUCAGUGGACAUGGCGAAGCUAUCCUCGCAGCACAAUUCUCCCCAGCCUCGUCUUCGCGUUUGGCUACUGGUAGUGGUGACAAGACUGCUCGGAUUUGGGAUUGCGAUACUGGAACUCCUAUGCACACACUUACUGGUCACACUGGAUGGGUUCUUACGGUCAGCUACUCGCCCAACGGCGACAUUCUGGCUACAGGAAGCAUGGACAACACGAUACGCUUGUGGGAUGCUCAGACAGGCAAACCCCUGGGUGGUCCCAUGAAGGGUCAUACCAAGUGGGUGACAUCGAUGUCUUGGGAGCCCUACCACAUGCAGCAAGUUGGAAGACCUCGAAUCGCAUCUGCCUCCAAGGACGCUACUGUUCGUAUCUGGGAUGUCACAAGCAAGCGCGCCGAUCUAGCCUUGACUGGCCAUAAGGGUAAUGUGUCUUGCGUGCGUUGGGGAGGUGCUGGCUUCAUCUAUACCGCCUCACACGACAAGACCAUCAAGGUCUGGUCUGCCGAAACUGGCUCUCUUGUUCACACCCUCAACUCACACGCCCAUUGGGUCAACCACCUUGCUCUUUCCACCGACUUCGCCCUUCGCACGGCCUUCUACGAUCACACUGGCAAAAAGGGUGUCCCAGCUACUCCCGAAGAGAAGCGCGCAAAGGCAAAAGACCGCUAUGAGGCUGCUGCCGGUGUCAACAACCAAAAGAACGGAGGAAAGGCUGUCGAGAGACUAGUGUCAGCUAGUGAUGACUGCACAAUCUACCUCUGGACCCCCAUGACCUCAACGAAACCAGUCACUCGCUUGUUAGGUCACCAAAAACAAGUCAACCAUGUCACAUUCUCGCCUGAUGGUACCCUCCUCGCCUCUGCCGGUUUCGACAAUCUGAUCAAGUUGUGGAAUGCUGCUGACGGAACUUUCCUCUUCACACUCAAGGGUCACGUUGGACCUGUGUAUCAGGUUGCCUUCAGUGCUGACAGCAGACUGCUUGUUAGUGGUAGCAAAGACACUACUCUCAAAGUCUGGGAUGUCAAGACCGGAAAGCUCAAGGAAGAUCUGCCCGGUCACAAGGAUCAAGUCUUCGCCGUAGAUUGGAGCCCCGAUGGUGACAGAGUAGGCAGUGGAGGUCAGGACAAGCAAGUCCGUGUCUGGAGAAACUGA